AUGUCCAUCGGUACACUACUCUUCUUCUCACUCUUGAUGCUCCUCUGGCGCAAGUACCACCCUCGGACGUUCCACAAAGUCGUCGACUCAAUCCCCUUCUUCGGCUGCUUUGGCAGAUGGCGCAAGACGCGAGAAAAGAACAAGCAGGUCAGAAGAAUGCGCAGCCUUGGUAUUUUGACGGGUGAGAACGCUGGUAUGAGUGGCUCUGUGACAGGCACGACAGACACUUACGCCCGCCACCUCAAGAAGUUCGAGGACGACGCAGCUCGUGCUAGGGAAAAGAAGUCCUUUGAAACACCCACUCGUACUCCGGCUUCCCCUUACACGCCAGGACGCAAGAGCAGAAGAAGCAACAGCAUCACCGCUCUCCCCGAGAUUGGGAGUCCUUGGAAAUCACCAAAGCCGAGUACUCCUUCGAACGAAAGUCACGAUGCAAUUCCUUUGAAUCCUUCUCCGAUGCGUAACGGUGCGCGGGCUUAUGGACCCUUCAAGCGUACCUAUCCAGACGAGACCGACAGUCUGCAAUCGUGGGAAGAGAAGUGGUAUGCUUUAGGCAGCGAGCACGGAUCGCCAAGUUCGACCAUCAAGCCUACCAUAGUGGGUAGCAAGAUUGAAGGUCAUGGGAUGCAGAGCAAAGACGAGUUUGAAGCAGAGUCUGGGCCAGGGCAGUCAUGGAGAAAGCUUGUUUAG